AUGUUUCUCUUCCAUACACGCCACUUUGUUUUCUUUCGAUAUCCUCUUAGUUUUAAUUUUAUUCAACUUCUCGUUAUCUACCUAUCUGCCUUUCUAUUCAUAUCUAUCUAUCUAUCUAUCUAUCUAUCUAUCUAUCUAUCUAUCUAUCUAUUUCUUCCUGUAUGUAUCUAUCUAUUUCAGCUCAUAUCUAUCUACACCUUUCUGUUUCUAUCUAUGUCUUUCUGUUUUAUCUAUCUAUCUAUCUAUCUAUCUAUCUAUCUAUCUAUCUAUCUAUAUAUAUAUAUACAUAUAUGUAUAUAUAUAUAUAUACACCUUUCUGUUCAUAUUUAUCUGUGCCUUUCUGUUCAUAUCUAUCUAUCUAUCUAUCUAUUUCUGUUCAUAUCUAUCUAUACCUUUCUGUUUAUAUCUAUCCAUAUCUUUCUGUUCAUAUCCAUCUAUCUACCUACCUACCUACCUACCUACCUACCUAUCUGUCUGUUUUUCUAUCCAUAUCUAUCUUUAAUUUCUCAAUUCACAUUAAUUUCUCAGAUGUCGCUUGUCAUUUUUGGUUCUCUUUCGAGAGCCGACAUCACUCUACCAAGCUACUUCUUUUUAGCCUCCCACUUUUCCUGUUCUUUAUCUUUCUCCCUAUCUAAAUCUUCGUCGCUUUCCUUCAUUUCCUGUCUUUGGUUCUUCUGUUUCUUUCUUUAUUUCUUUCUUUUUUUUCUUUCUUUCUUUUUUCUUUCUUUCAGUGCGACAAUGCGCUACGCGCGUUUUUAA